CCGUCGGGGCUGGAGCGGCGGAGCAGCGCGGAAAGUUUGCGGAGCGGCCGGCGCCGAGGCCAUGUGGCUGCUGUGGCUGUUGCUGGGCUCGGCGGAGAGCCAGCUGCUGCCUGGGAACAACUUCACAAACGAAUGCAACAUUCCUGGGAACUUCAUGUGCAGCAAUGGGCGCUGCAUCCCGGGUGCCUGGCAGUGUGAUGGGCUGCCCGACUGCUUCGACGACAGCGACGAGAGAGAGUGCCCAAAGGCCAAGUCCAGGUGUGGUGCCACGUUCUUCCCCUGCGCCAGCGGCAUCCACUGCAUCAUCGGCCGCUUCCGCUGCAACGGCUUCGAGGACUGUCCCGACGGCAGCGACGAGGAGAACUGCACAGCAAACCCCUUGCUGUGCUCCACUGCCCGGUUCCACUGCAGGAAUGGUCUCUGCAUUGACAAAAGCUUCGUGUGUGACAGCCAGAACAACUGCCAGGACAACAGCGACGAGGAGAGCUGCGACAGCCCCCAAGAGGCAGGCAGCGGCCAGGACUACGUCAGCUCGGAGACUCAGCUGCUCUACUACCCCAGCAUCACCUACGCCAUCAUCGGCAGCUCCAUCAUCUUCGUGCUGGUGGUGGCCUUCUUGGCCUUGGUCCUGCACCACCAGCGGAAGCGCAACAACCUGAUGGCGCUGCCAGUGCAGCGGCUGCAGCACCCAGUGCUGCUGUCCCGCCUGGUGGUGCUCGACCACCCGCACCACUGCAGCGUCACCUACAACGUCAGCAGCGGCCUCCAGUGCGUGCCCGCCCAGCCCUACCCCAGCCCGCCCGACCUCAGCUCCCCACCCUCCUAUUCCGAGGCCGUGCUCGACCAGAGCCGACCACCUUGGUUUGACCUUCCUCCGCCACCCUACUGCUCCGAGCUUGAAUCCUCUCAUCAGCCAGAUCUUCCUCCUUACCAAUCUCUGACAGGCAGCCUGGUGAGCACAGACACCCCCAGGGCAGGCAGCCUGGUGAGCACUGACACCCCCAGGGCAGACAGCCCUCUGGGCACAGCUGGCACUUGGACCAGAGACAUCCAUAGCAGCGUGGAUGGCCACAGAACUCUUCUUGAGAGGACAGCAGAUCAAAGUGACUCUCUGGUCAGCCACACUGCUGAAAGAGAAGUGUAACUGCUGCAGUGUCUGGAAUGGACAGAAGGCCUUCACUUUGUCAGGUCUGCUGUGGCCAGUAGGCUCAGGGGGACCUGUGCCUCAGGGAUGACUUGAUGCAAAUCUAUGCUAAGUUAAUGUUUGAAGUCAGCAUUUUGGGCUCAUCAAAGACACAGAUGGGAGAGCUGAAUCUGGAGUCACAGGAUCUCUCCACAGCAUUUCUGUGGCCAAGCUGCAGGUCAGACUAGCAGGAGGAACAUCAGUGUCAUCUCAGAGAACUGGUGCCACAGGGCUCUUCCCUCUACAGAGUCUGCACACACAGCCAUGCCAGAGGGGCUCUCGUUCUCAGACUGCUUCCUGGCCUCUCAGCACCUCAGCUCUUUCGUCUCACUGCCCGCUGCCAGCUGGUGGUCACUGAAGCAGGAGAGGAGGUCUGGUGCCCAGUGCUAGCCCACUGGCAGUGCUCAAACUGCAGAAGACUUCCUACCUGACCCUUGUCUUCGUGGCCUGGAACAUUCUCAUUCUGAGUGUAAUUUUGCAAGUUUAAGCUCAUGAGGAUGCAGCAGCUGAGCAAACAAGGAGGGGUCUGUCCCAGAGGCUGAUACCUAGGCCAAGCCUGCCUGGGUUUUCUCAGGAACACCACCGAGGUUGUCUUAUCUGUGAGAUUUCAAAGCUGAGCACAGAGGCUCUGAAGCCUCUCACAAACCAGUGCAAUGCUUCUUUUGAAGCGUGGUAAAACAUUA